AUGUGCCAGGAUGACAGCCGUGUGUCGUGUCCUCUCCGGGCUUCCGUAGGAUUCCUUCACUGUCAGUGUGUUUCGCGGUGACAGACCAACAUCGCCGAGCCACACAAUCAAAGCCCCAGCACUGAGCUAUGGAAGAGAUCAACAACAUUGAAGUGGUUCCCUGCACAGACUCCGACUACCUAAAGCCGUUCAGGGUGCACUACAGCCAGAAUGGCACAAAAAAGUCCUGGGACUUCAUGCGAACCCAUGACAGUGUAUCCGUGCUGAUCUUCAACACCACCUCCCACUGUUUUGUCCUUGUCAAGCAGUUCCGUCCAGCUGUAUACAUGUGUGAGUGGGAAAGGACCAAGACGCCGCCGUGUCAAGCUGCUGAGAAACCGGAGGAAGGGGCCACCGAAGCUGCAGCUUCCGGCUCCGAGAGUCAGGAGGGCCAGACGCCCACAGAGGGGGAGAGCGCGUCUGUGUGGCCGCCAGCCGCCGCCGGGGUCACUUACGAGCUAUGCGCCGGGCUGGUGGACAAACCUAAUCUUUCCUUGGAGGAGAUCGCCAGACAGGAAGUGCUGGAGGAGUGUGGCUAUGAUGUGCCCGCUUCGAAACUUAAAAGGAUUACGUCUUACAGGUCUGGCGUGGGCGUGACAGGCGCCAAGCAGACCAUGUUUUAUGCCGAGGUGUCCGAUGACAACUGCGUGAGUGCAGGUGGAGGUGAGCCGCGGGAGGGCGAGCUCAUUGAAGUGGUCAAAGUUCCGUUGCACGAAGCCAUGACGUUUGCCUACAACGAGCGUAUCCCCAAAACCAUGGGCGUCAUAUUUAGCUUCAUUUGGUUCCAUAACAACAUGUCUCCUAAGUACAAGAUCUCCACCAAUGUGUAACCACUAGUAACUUUUAUGUCAAAAUUACUGGCCCAGCACACCUACUCGCCUCCUCAUGGCCCCUCACCUUUUUUACAUUUUUGCCUUUUUGGUUCAUGGCACAUGAUGACGAGCGGACGGACGUCUGCCAGCUUGCUUCUUUGUUGCCCUGUUCAGCCUUUUAUGUGUACUUUUCCUUCAAGCAAACUGUCUCAGCAGGCUGUCGUUGGCACUUUUCUCCAUAUUGUUUUUCCUUGCCAUGCAUCAAAAGUGGCCACAUAUCACUGAUUUCAAGUAAACAAAUUCUCCACUGCUUUACCGUAUUGACCCAUAUCGAAAACAACCCCUUCUUUUCAAGGGCCAUUUUUGGAAAAAUAUAUAUAUUUAAAAAAAAUGUUCCCUUGAAACCCAGUGUUACUUAAGUGGAGCAUUUCUUUACACAAUGAGCCAGGAAUGCAAAAACUAUGCUAAGACAAUGGCGGUGGCCUUUGAUCAUGGUGAUGGUUGCACCACAUUGCUCGCAAUGCCUCAAACAGUUUCCUGGUUCUGCAGACUUUUAAUUUAUACCAACAGAAAUUUGCAGACUUGACGUCUUAACUUAAACAUCCUCACCGAUUUCUGCUUUUGGCAUAUUGUUGCUUAGCACAGUUAGCUUUAGCACAGCUUGUGUGAUUGCAUGAGUACCAAACAUAACACAAUCAAAGCUGCUUUGAAGUAGCAGAGUAUUGAAGAUAUGCAGCACCUGACGAGUAAUAAGAAAGUGAACGACUCCGAAGUUGGUUUCAAUUCCGCUUCUCUUGCGUCAUUUUGGCUGGAAUGAAGUCGGACAGGAUAAAGAAAAAAAAAAACAGUAGCUAUGGUAGGAAGUCAAAUCUUUGUGUUAGUUUACAUUCUAAUCAUAUGCGUUGAUGUUCAAGUUGGAUAUCAACUAUGUAACUAACUGUAGUGUCAAAAUAGUAAAAAAAAACAAAAACAAAAGCUGCAUCCCACACAAAGUGAAUCCUACUUUGCUGAUCACAACAGCUGUUUGCUAAAAGCUCAGGUCCGAAUAUUAAAACCCCAUGUUCCCAUUCCAGGACAAUUUCUGGAAGUGACCAGCAUUUUAACAUCAUAUUUCAAAACUCACUUGCAGCAACGUUUUCAGUUGUCCUAGUAUCUGUGAGUGUUCCUCCUUGUUUGAACAAAGGGCUGGUACCGUAUUGUAAUCUUCUGCACGUCAGGGGGAAAAAUCCCCCCCUACAUCUUGAGAGUAUUUUUGGACAAUAUGCAAAAAUCCUGUUGAAGAUAACUAAUUUCUUGAAUCCAUGAUUCCAAUCAGAUCAUGUAAAAACAUCCCUUAUUGAUCUAAGCAACUGAAAAAAAGGUGUGCAAUCAUAUUGAAUUAUGAUUUCCUGAACUUAAACACUGAAAUGUUGUAACCUCUAGAUACACGGUUAGAAAUGUGGAUGUUUUUUUUGUUGUUGUUGUUGCAAAAAAAAUGGUGACAAUCAAGUUUUAUACAUGGUCAUUGCCUUCAACGCAUAGGUUUAAUGAUAAUCCCAGUUUUUACAGAAGCCAAGUAGUUUCAGGUGCAAUAACUACCGAUAACCGAUAUCAACGAUACUCUCCUUGGGGGUUCCUCGUAGCCAUUCCUUCAUGCGGGGUUGAACAUUUUGCAGUCAUUUAGCGAAUUCUCUCACAAAUGAAUAAAAUUAACAAACAUUUGCAGCCUAUUUGAGAUACAAAAAAAUGCAAAAAAAGUUUGAUUUUUCCUGCAAGAAAGUUGGGGAAGGAAAAGCUGCUUUCCCACUGCAUAGUAUUUGUUAUAGUAUUUUAUUUCACGCUUUUUCACUACUUCUCAGCAUGUGGCUGUUAGCCAAGGGAAAGAAACUGGUUUUAUCCAAGAGGGGACUGAGGGCGGCUGCAGCAGAGUAGAGACUCUGGAGUAUAUUACUGCAGCAUCCAGAGCUAAGACACUGCAAACUGUGUUUGUUUGUGUUUUUUUUUCUGUGUUUUUUUUUCUGUCCAAAAGCUGCUGAAGCAAUGAGCAACCAAGAGUAGUUUUACACUCGGGAAAAGGACCGAUCCAAUCCAGUAUCGGUUGCGGGUUACGACACCACCAGCAUAAUUCACAUAUCGGAAAUUGCCUAUCCAUGAGCCACAUCGGUCCUUUAAUGUUGUCAGCAAAUAUAGCUAGAAGAAUAUCAGCAAUCAUAGACAAAAAAAGUAUCAGCAAAACUAGAUUUAACCUAGACUAGACCUUUGCUGAUAUUGUUUUGGCGUGGUUGCAGCAGACGGUAACCUUGGCAUUCUUACAGGGUCUAUCCAUGCUACAAUAAUAAUAAUAUUUGAAAGUAAAUGGAGCUCUGCUAUCGGUUGAUACCCAAAACUGUAUUGCAUUCCUAGUUUGACCAGGUGCUACAUGUACCUGUUUGUAGCAAAUGGAAAAAGCUAUGGUGAACCGAGUCAGUACUGUGCAGUGGAAAAGGGGUUUGGUUUAGCACCCAAUCACAUUUCUUCUUUCUGGGGACUUUUAUGCUGUGAUGUACAAGAUUAUUCAGCGUUAUAGUCCACAGUUUAUUCUCUUUUUGGCACUUUGGUUCAACAUUUCUCAACUUCUAAAUGCAAUUUCUAAAGGAAUCGUACUUUUUAAUUCCGGGAAUCAUUGUCUUGAAUGAUCGGAGGGAUUUCCAACCUCAAGACACCUUGAGAAAAUGUGGAAAGCACGUUGAAAAGCCCCUUUUUUCCCAAGAUUCCCAAGAUAGUCAAGCUUCCCAAAGGUGCCCUUGGUUUCCAAUGGUCUUGGUCUAGUAUGAGGUCAUUCGUUUAUUGAAAGGUUGUUUAUGGUGUGCCUGCCUUUUUUGUUACCCACCUUUUACUACAGAGUUGUGUGAUCCUGAACUUCUAGGGAUAGUUUGGAUUUUGUUUUCCAUGGAUUUGUAUGCAGUGUCGUGCAUCAGCAAUGACUUUAACCCCACUUGUGAGAUGAGUUCUGAUCAAUUUUUCUUGUUGAAGUAAUGGGUGGGGGACACUUUGCUUCUCAAAACAAUAUGCACUCAAAAGAGUAGUACAUAUGGUUCAGCACUCUUGCAUCACAUCGGUCUUUAUCCAUGCAUGUAAACACUGUGACACAUGUACACAACAGUGGGAAGACGGAAGCCCACAUUAGCGAUUGUGGGAUCUGGCGGUUUUGUGAUGCAAGAACCCACCAAAAGGGGGGUUAAAAGUCACUGUUGAUGCAUGACACUGCCGACGACGAUGUCGUCCAACUUCAUGUCACAAAAAUCCCAGCCGUUCCUCAAGUGUUUGGAAAUGUUUAGCGACGUUACACCUCAAUAGCUAGCACCUUGCAAUUUAUUUACAAGCCAUUCUUUCACAGUUUAUAGUGACGUUUGCCACUAAAAAAAAAAAAAGCCAUAUGUUCCCUCUCUUUUAACAAUAUCGAGGUAGGUAGUCGCUUGUUUUGAAAUUCAUCCUUGCCGAUGGUAAAGACGUUAAAGACACUUCUACCUCCAUCACUCAGGCACACAACACAACAAUUCCGUGCCUGUUUGCUGUCUAACAAGGCGCUGACAUAUCCGACGCUUAGCAUCGCACCAGAAAACAGAUUUCAUCCAGCAGAUUUCAAUGUUUUAUCUUAUUCCCCAUGAACUAUGCUGUCGUUGCUUCUUUUAACUGUGACUGUUGAUUUUUAUAUCUGUGCACUUUUUUUUCCAUCAUGUUGCUGCGGUUUCUUUUCUAACGGUGCUAUGUGUUGUGUCCUCCUCAGUUAAGACAGGUGGAGUACUGUUAAAUUAAGGAGUUGAUGCGCGGAUGUUGCCGUUCGUAUAUUAACUCCAGGCAGCAACUGAAAAUGUUAUUUGACUGACUUGUUUCAUUAGGCAGCACAGCUUUAUAUAUUUAUUUCUUUGGUGUCUUUUUUUUUUUUUUAGCAGACUGGUAGCUGGAUUUACACAAUCUACAAGAAGGUAAUCCGCUAUAAAACUCCUCAUAUUGACAAGACAUUCACUGGAAAUACAAGGUAUUUAGGUUUGUUUUUCAGAAAAUGAAACAUAACAAAAAGUGUUCAUAUUUUUAUUGUCUGACUUUCUUUCUUUUAAAAAAAAAACAACCUGAAUACGUGUUUUACGCUUUAUUAAAAGUGUUUGAUCUUUGUGCGCGUUGUUUUUCAGUAUUGUUCCAAUUCAUUUUAAUGUUAAUACAAGAUACUUUGAACAACUCUUGGUACAAACAAAUGGUAUACAUUCAAAUAAGAUACUUUGCAUGUGCACUAACUGUGAUGGAUUAAACUGCAUUAAGUUGAAAUAAAAUGGGUGCAAUACCCAAACAUAAUUUGGAGACAAUGUCAUUUGUCAUCAUUUAUCUUUACCUGGUUUUUGACACUUCUGAAAAAGUUAUUCAUGUCACAAUAUUGUGGCUGUUUUUAAAAUUAAAGUUUUUCUCAACGGAAAUAUUGGAAUAUUUUUCCGAUAGUUAUUUCAGCUAAACUGACAGGGAAGGUAUAGAAACAUGUGGUGAGACUAGUGCCACUGAAGUUCUCAUUGGGAGUGACCAGGAUGGAUAGGAUCAGGAAGAGGGACAUUAUAUGUUAGAUAAAGUCAGUUAUCGACCAGGCUGAGAUGGUUGGGACAUGUUCAGAGGAGAGAUAGUGAAUAUAUUGGUAGAAGGCGUAGAGGAAGACCAAAGAGGAGGUUUAUGGAUGUAGUGAAGGAGGACAUGAGAUAGACAGAUGCAGAAGACAGGGUUGGAUGGAGGAGAUUGAUUUGCUGUGGCGACCCCUGAAGAAAAAUAAGCUUUCUAUAGUUAUUAUCAAUAUAUAUAUAAACUGCCACCAUCAUGCAACUUUUAUGAACUGUGCUGCGGAACCCCGGUUAGCGUGUUUUUUGGUUUAUGUUGAAAAUUAAUGCAAAAAUUUUGGCACGUGUCUUGUGUUAUUAAUACUCUGCCUGAGUCCAAUUAUGUGAAAACGUCCCUUUUACACAUCCUUAGCUUACAAAAUGGCAACCGGAACCAGAAGUCGGCUAUAUCACAUGUGGUUGACGUGUGUAGUUUUACAGUUAUAAUUUUACAUGCAUAAAACAAUUCGAUAAUGCCUAUAAAUGAUAAAGGACGAUACUGCUCCCGAAGAUACGAUGUGGCAGCGAGACACCAAUCAGACUCCCAUUUUCCUGUUAUUUCUUGUUUCUUACCUUUUUGAUCAAAUUGUUGGCACUAUUAACUAUUAACAUUCUUUUGCUCCAUUUUGGGUUAUUGAGGUGACGAACACUUUCUUGAAUUCAAGAAAUAAAACAGGAAGGUGCUGAUCUCGCUGCCGCAUCGUGUCUUUGGGAAAAGCCACGGUAAAAGUAUCUUUAAAUGUUUAUUCGUCAUCAUUUAUAUGCAUUGUUUUUUCCAUGUAAAACUGGAAUUGUAAACAUAUAAAAAUGUGUUUUAUGUUAACAUUUUUAACAUUCUUUGGCUUCGGAACCUUGGCUUUCGGAUGCUCACCAAGGUUCCACUGUUCCACUGUUUUAAGUCACAUUUGAACAAUCUUGGUCAAAUUUUGAAUUGCCCGGCUUUAGAGGUUUUUCUCUAAGUUCCAAUAACAAGAACUGCACUGCGUUGUCCAAUUGUACUGCAUCAUACUGAGCUGUUGUUUGCCCUUCUGGUAAACAUUAGCAAUAGUUUCUUAGUAGGAUGCAGCUCAAUAAAAAAAAAAAAUUGCCGUGCAAAUAACCACUGCUGUCAGGAUAUGAACUGUGCUCCGGAACGCCCGGUUGUUUUUCGGUUUAUGUUGAAAAUUAAUGCAAAAAUGUUGGCGCGUGUCUUGUGUUAUUAAUACUCUGCCUGAGUCCAAUUGUGUCAUUAACAUCUGUGGCUGUAGGCAACCUCUAUGUUGUUUCUCUUAACUCCACAAGAUGUCAGCAGCUGCAUUUGAGGUACCAUGAAUGGUCAGCAUUCAGAAGCUUUAUCUACCUCUGCGUUUGCUUUAAACUCACUUAUCGUACUUUUGUUUACAAUCAGAGGUUUUCCUCCUUACCCCUUACUGCUAUUACAACAUUG